CUUAUAGAUUCUAAUGCUAGUUUCACGUAACAAGCUCGGUUUCAAAACAAGAUCGUUGUUCCAAGGCAAGCUAGCAUCAGCCUACCUACCUACCUAGGUAGGUAAUUAGCUAAUACAACCCAAGGCUCCCAAGGGCCAGCUGAUUAGCACAUCCAUCUCCUGCUAGGAAAGGUACCUACUUAAUCUAGGAAAUAAUUAUCACCCGCGCUCGCUGCCGGGGCCCCGAAGGCUCAUACCAUGGCGCACAUCCACGACCUCGCCCCCGAGGUCUCCAACUACAGCUCCGGCCGGCUCACCCCGCCGACCCCGGUGCGGUUCCCCCGCACGCCCGUGUUCGCGUCCAUGAACAAGCCGUGCCGCUUCGAGGGCGAUGUCUUUGACCUCGAAGUGAGCGGGGCGAUCCCUCCUGAUAUCGACGGGACCUUCUUCCGGGUGCAGCCGGACCACCGGUUCCCGCCGCUGUUCGAGGACGACAUCCACUUCAACGGCGACGGCUCCGUGACGGCGAUCCGCAUCUCCGGGGGCCACGCGGACCUCCGGCAGCGCUACGUGCGCACGGAGCGCUACCUGCUCGAGACGCGAGCCCGCCGCAGCCUCUUUGGCCGGUACCGCAACCCGUGGACGGACAACGAGAGCGUGCGCGGGGUGAUCCGCACCGCGAGCAACACCAACGUCGUCUUCUGGCGCGGCGCCCUGCUGGCCAUGAAGGAGGACGGCCCGCCCUUCGCCAUGGACCCGGUCACGCUCGAGACGCUGGGGCGGUACGACUUCGAGGGCCAGAUCCUCAGCCCGACCUUCACCGCCCACCCCAAGAUCGACCCGGACACGGGCGAGAUGGUGUGCUUCGCGUACGAGGCCGGCGGGGACGGCUCCGACUGCAGCGUCGACGUGGCCGUCUGGACGGUGGACGCGGACGGCAAGAAGGUCGAGGAGUGCUGGUACAAGGCCCCCUUCGCGGGUAUGAUCCACGACUGCGGCAUCACCAAGAAUUGGGUCGUCCUGCCCCUGACGCCCAUCAAGAUGGACCUCGAGAGAAUGAAACGGGGCGGCAACAAGUUCGCCUGGGACCCCAGCGAGGACCAGUGGUACGGCGUCGUGCCGAGGCGGGGGGCCAAGAGCGACGACAUCAUCUGGUUCCGGGCGGAUAACGGUUUCCAUGGACAUGUUGCCGGCUGCUACGAGCUGCCGUCAGGGGAGAUCGUUUUCGACCUGACCGUGGCCGACGGCAACGUCUUCUUCUUCUUCCCGCCCGACGACAACAUCACGCCCCCCGCCGACGGCGUGGCCAAGCGCAACCGGCUCUCGUCGCCCACGGUGCGGUGGAUCUUCGAUCCCAAGGCCAAGAAAUCGGCGAUCCGCACCGAGGCCGCGGGCGACGCCGACAUCUGGGUGGCGGACGAGAGGGUCAAGCCCGCGCUGACGUGGCCCACCAACGGCGAGUUCUCGCGCAUCGACGACCGCUACGUCACCAAGCCGUACCGGCAUUUCUGGCAGGCCGUCGUCGAUCCGACGAGGCCCUACGACUUUGAAAAGUGCGGUCCCCCGGCAGGCGGCCUGUUCAACUGUCUGGGCCACUACACCUGGUCCGACCAAAACUAUCACCACGGCCACAACACCGGCGACCCGUCCGGAGACGGGCGGAGCAACGGAAGCGCCGAGGAAGCCACCGCCGGUAAAUUCGGGCUCCAAGACGUCUACUUCGCCGGGCCGACCAUGACCUUCCAGGAGCCGACCUUCAUCCCGCGCCAGGGGGCCGCCGAGGGCGAAGGGUAUCUGAUCGCGCUGCUGAACCACCUGGACGAGCUGCGCAACGACGUCGUCAUCUUCGAGGCCCGGAACCUCGGCAAGGGACCCCUGGCCGUCAUCCACCUCCCGCUCAAGCUCAAGCUGGGCCUGCACGGGAACUGGGUCGACAGCCGCGAGAUCGAGGCGUGGCGGCGGCGCAGGGCAGAGAACGGCGACGUGGGCCCGCUUCGGGUGGCCAAGGAGCCGUUGCCGUGGCAGAAGAAGUUUGCGGCGGCGGCCCAGAACGGAUCAAAUGGUGUGUAACUGUGUGUGUGUGUGUGUGUGUGUGUGCGUGAACACGGGAUGUGAAAGGGUUUUUUUUUUGGGGGGGGGGGAGGAGGGGGAAGCAGCGAGGCGGCGCUGGUCCACACGCUGACCUGCCACGAGUCCACCAACAUCAACCGGGGCACGGCGGCCGA